UUUCUGGAAAGUACCUUUUCCUGGACAUUUCUCGUCAUUUAUUUGAACCAUGAAUUUCUCCCCGUUUCCUACUGUAUAAGGAUUCAUAUUUUGUUGAGACCCAUCAGCUACCAGCACAUCCUCUCAUACUCUCCAUCUGCGCAGCUUGUUAUAAAAGAGUUUCGACGCCAUAGAUUUUUGUAUGCUCCGCCUAGUAGAUCACAACGCUAUUGGGCCACAUUGGAUUCCUUCGACGAUUUUGACUUCGAGCAUCUACCUGACGAAGACACUUCCAUGAGUGGUAACAGACAAGAUGGCGUCGCAAAUGCGAACGACAUCAUUGAUGAAGACGAUGACGGUGAUUUUUCUCACCUACAAGACCCAGCUGUACUACCAGUUUCUCAGAAUUCAAGUUUUUCAAUUGAUUCAGGACUUGAAGAGGCAAUGCUGAUGUACGAAGAGCCGUCUUCGACCGAACCUGCAACUGAGGUUUCAAGCUCAACCUCCAGCUCUUUAACUUUGAUAGAAGAAUCCGCCCCCCCUGACGAAAUUUCAAAGCCUGUGACUAUCACCGAAGUCGGAAAACCAGUGUCGACUUUUUCUAGGGCAAUCACUUUUCCUCCGACGACUGAGCGUAGAAAUUGGUCGACAGUUUCUGCGUCAGCAAGCUCAUCUAGUUUCCUGGGGAAGCGUUCUGCGAGCGAGGCUUCAAUUUCUCAAGAUUCGCGCGCAUCCAAAGCCCCGCGGCAAGAAGAACUGUGUCAUUCCUUGCAUGAUCCUGUGCUGGUGGCAUACUCUAGGUCUUUCCAGCAAUGGAUUGCUGCUCGAAAGUUGCCCUGGGGCGUAGAAUGGGAAAUCGCGAGACUCGUUUCCAUCGGCAAAAUUAAAUACGAUACCGUCCAAAUGUCUGCGCUAGAUGAGCUAAAGAAGCAGGGGACUAACGCGAAAGCGGCGCCUUUGGUUGAGAAAAUCUUAUUGCGGAAAGGGGAAGAAGUGGAUACAAAUCACCUUUUUGCUAAUGAAUACAGAGCAAAGUUUCCUUAUGAUGAACUCGACCUGGAAGAGGAAUCUCUCAAUCGGGACCCUUAUUCUGCUCUGGGCUUUGUUCAGAACUCGGACUGGUUCGGUGGCAAAGUGGUAUUCCGGGCCAAGCUGAAAAUGCAAGUCGACAAUCCAAAGAAACCCCCAUCGUUCAAGGUAGAACUUGAGAAAGCGGAACUGGGAGCAUCCUCUCGAUUCUCUCGUCGAUUCGGUUCCAAGUCUUUCAUACGAAUAAAGAUACCAAAAAAUUUGACCCGAUAUUCCAAGGAAUUAAUGCAUUUUUUCCGACGACCAUUUAUCAUAGCAGGCAGAGUUUUCCGUGCUUUCCUAGAAAAGGAGAAGAAUGUCUUCUGCUUUAUGACAAAUGAGAAUCCAGACCUAGGACUUGUGCUCGAUACCGUGUCUCAAAACUUGAGCAUCGAUGAUUUUCUGAACUGGCACAAUCCUAUUGUACUCAACGAUUAUCAGUCUGCGGCAAAGUACGCCUCACGUUUUGCCUUAGGGCUAUCUACUUCGGCGCCGGGAUUAGAAAUCGAACCUCAGAACAUUUUCUCAAUCGAGGACAUUGUCUCCGCUGAGGGGUCCGAUAUGACCGAUGGUGCAGGAUUCAUAAACAAAGCAGCGUUACAGAAGCUGUACCUUCAAUUCAAAUGGGAUGUAUGGCCUACUGCGAUUCAGUGUCGUAUAGCAGGCGCAAAAGGCAUGUUGCUUCUCCAUCCCAGCGAUGAUAGCGGGGAACCUCGUGUGUUCAUCAGACCCUCUAUGAACAAAAUCACAUACCCGGACCAAGGUCUUGACCGCGCGCAACGUAUCAUUGACGUCCUGCGUACAUGCCAUCCCCGAUUCCGCUGCAAGCUUUCCUCAGAAACAAUCAUAAAUUUGGCAGAAAACGGCGUCCCAAGGCAUGUUUUCACCUCUCUGCUAGAUCAGACACUGGAUUUGCUGGUCACUUCCCUUACCACCUGGGAUACCAUAGAAGACAUGGCCAAUCUAUGGUUAACACUGUCACACCUUGGCGGUGUAUUUGCUGCACGAUCUACGCGGCGCAAGUCUGGCAUGGCUAGAGUCAAUGGAUAUUCCGAGCGUGAUGCCCAAGAAAAUGACGAUGAAGAUGGCCUCGAUGAAGCAGACGACGAGCCAAGUUCCACUGCAUGGUGGAAUGAUGAGAUCUCUGGCCAGCCCUCAUCUCUCGAGGAAACGGUCAUGCGUCUGAUUGACGGUGGCUUCACACCGCAGGCUUGCCCUGUGAUGAGAGAUAAAUUGAAGCGAAUCCUCAUCUCGCAGAUUAACAACCAUGUAACCAACUUCCGGAUUGAAGUUCCAAUGUCAUUUACUGCUUUCAUACUCCCAGAUCCAGAAGAUGUUCUUGCAGAGGGUGAAGUCUACUUCAAGAGCUCAGCUCGGGGUCUUCUCACCCAAGAUGAACAGUAUACUGAUGUCCUGGUCGGCUCAGUGGUAGUUACACGACACCCGUGCAAACUCCCAACUGACGCGCAGAAAUGGAGAGCAGUUGAUCGUCCAGAGCUGCGACACUACACUGACAUCUUAAUUCUCUCAACUGCCGGUGGCCGUCGUGCAGCAGAUUGGCUUGGAGGUGGUGACUAUGAUGGUGACAAGGCGUUGUGUAUCUAUCAGCCAGAAAUUGUGGAUUCAUUCAGCAAUGCUAACCCCAACUACGGCGAUCCACGGGAUGAUAUCAAAGCUAACUGCUUUUCCGAACAUACCGAAACAGUAGCAGAAUUGCUUGCGGGUGUACCUGCCUCUUCCGAAAAUUCGAUGAAGAGAUUGCAUGCUCUUCAGGAAUAUCUAAUUGGAGGAAUCAGAACCGCUUCUCUCGUUGGCCAAGCAUCGAAUAUGCAUGACUUUUUGAUCUACACACAUGGCCUUAGAGAUGAAGAAACAAUACGUUUAGCACACAUUUUCUGUCAUACUCUGGAUGGUCUGAAGACUGGUCUCAAAAUCAAGCCUGAGGUUUGGAGAAAUGACGUCUCGCGAUAUGACAAAGGAACUAUGAGCUGGAAAGAAUCCGAGACCAAAGGCAAGGGUAAAAAGGCCGUCACAACUGCUCGCAUGGAUAACAUCAUCGUCGAGAGGCCAUCCCAUCUUCGCCCGUUCAUCAUGGAUCAGCUCCAGAUGCAUGCGAAGGCAAAGGGCGAAAAAGAAAAAAUCGAUGCAGACACGAAAUACGACUCGCAUACCAUCUAUCUGGAUGAACAGCUAGCUGCUCCUUGGAAAGAGCAACAGGAGCUGGCCAAGCGAGCCCAAAAGAUUGGGUGCAACUUUAUGGCCGAGGAUUUAACAAAAAUCGAGAAUCAUGUCCAUCGAAUGUGGGAGACCCAUCGAACGGAAGUGAUGAACUCCCAGAGAGUCGGUAGUUUCACAGACUUGGCAAUCGAAACCCGACAAGAUAUUCUUCGAAAACUCUCUCGACAGUUCGCCAGUGGACCGAAUGAAGAAGCCAUGUUUCUGUCGCAUGAUCAAAUCUUGCGCUUGAAGGCCUCGUAUGCGUACAUCUAUGACUUUGAAAAGUCAUCAAGAAAGUGGACACGAUUUCCUUGGAAUGUCACCAUGAGGCAGCUAACUGAAAUCAAAGCUAAAGCAACUGGUCGAUCGACUACGGUGACGGCCGAGUUUUAUGAAAGACUCGCAAUGAAAAAGUAUUGUUGAUACUGGGAACCACCGGGAACGGGUGGCAUGGGGAAAGGCUCUAUCUGUAGCCAUAUUUAUCUUUUGUAAAUCAUCAUACUUAUAGUUUUUCGCUGUCUUGUGUAUCAAGCUAUAAUAGUGCUAUAAUAGUUCUUGUAAACCUGUAAAGUAGUAUAAUGCCAAAGCGUCCAGCA